AUGGCUGUUGGUGGUGCUAUCGGCGGUAGCUCAAAGGCGUACCCUGGAGAGCUUACACGUAGCGUGGUCAUAGCAAGUUUGGUGGCAGCUUGUGGCGGUUUGAUCUUUGGUUACGACAUUGGAAUUUCAGGUGGUGUGACCUCCAUGCCAUCCUUUUUGGAACACUUCUUUCCAAGUGUUUACAAAAAGCAGCAGGACACCCAAGCUUCUAGCAAUCAAUAUUGUAAGUUUAAUAGUUGGACAUUGACCAUGUUCACCUCAUCCUUAUACUUGGCUGCUCUCUUCGCGGCAUGGGCUGCAUCAUUCAUAACCAAACGUUACGGACGGAAAAUUUCCAUGCUCAUCGGUGGUGUUACUUUCUGUGCCGGGGCACUCUUGAACGCCUUUGCUCUGAAUCUUCUCAUGCUUAUCUUUGGUCGCAUUCUUCUUGGUAUUGGUAUCGGCUUUGCUAAUCAGUCCGUGCCUCUAUAUCUGUCGGAGAUAGCUCCAUACAAGCAUCGUGGUGCACUCAACAUGCUAUUUCAACUCUCAAUCACCAUUGGAAUUUUGAUUGCCAACUUGGUCAAUUUUGGGUUUGCCAAAAUCAACGGUGGAUGGGGUUGGCGGUUGAGCUUGGGCGGCGCGAUUGUUCCUGCGGUAGUGUUUAUUGUUGGCUCCUUAACCCUAUCCGAUACACCAAACUCGCUUAUCGAACGUGGAAACAUCGUAGAAGCGAAAGCAAGAUUACUAAAAAUUCGUGGUGUUGACAAUGUGGAUGAAGAAUUCAAAGAUCUUGUUGCCGCUAGCGAAGAAUCCAAAAAGAUCGAACAACCAUGGAUAAAUCUUUUUAAGGAUAGAAAGUACAGGCCUCAAGUAUGUUUUGCGUUUCUCAUUCCGUUUUUCCAACAAUUCACCGGGAUGAACGUUUUCAUGUUUUACGCUCCGGUUUUGUUUCAAACAAUGGGUUUUGGAGCUAACGCGUCGUUAUAUUCCACUGUUAUUACCGGAGGCGUUAACAUGAUAGCCACUUUGGUUUCAAUUUAUACCGUCGAUAAAAUGGGGAGAAGGUUUCUGUUUAUUGAAGGUGGUAUUCAAAUGUUCAUAUGUCAGAUUGCGAUUACAAUUGCAAUCGCAUUGAAGUUUGGAGUAAGUGGAAACCCUGGGGAGCUUCAGAUGUGGUAUGCUAUUCUCGUAGUUGUGUUCAUCUGCAUCUACAUUAUGGGGUUUGCGUGGUCUUGGGGUCCGUUAGGGUGGCUCGUGCCUAGUGAAAUCUUCCCACUCGAGAUUCGAUCAACCGCACAAGCUAUUAAUGUUUCUGUCAACAUGAUAUGCACGUUUUUCAUUGCACAAAUCUUCCUCCAAAUGUUGUGCGCAAUGAGGUUUGGACUCUUCAUCUUCUUUAUGUUUUUUGUGAUCGUGAUGACUAUUUUCGUCUACUAUUUUCUACCGGAGACGAAGGGAAUUCCUAUUGAAGAGAUGGCUGGAAUUUGGAGGGAACACUGGUAUUGGAAAAGAUUUGUUCCCGCUGAUGAUGGAUCUAAGGAUUUAAAGAAGAAGAUUGAAUUAGAAGAAAUCGUAGUAAAGCAAAAGGAGGACGAAAACGAGAAAAUCAACUAA